CUUUUAGUGGCAUCUCUUCGUGCAAAAAUGCCUGAUCCAGCAAAAUCUGCUCCUGCUCCCAAGAAGGGUUCUAAGAAGGCUGUUACGAAAGUGCAGAAGAAGGAUGGCAAGAAGCGCAAACGCAGCCGAAAGGAGAGCUAUUCGGUUUACGUGUAUAAGGUGCUGAAGCAGGUGCACCCAGACACCGGCAUCUCGUCCAAGGCCAUGGGCAUCAUGAACUCUUUCGUCAACGACAUCUUCGAGCGCAUCGCCGGCGAAGCGUCCCGCCUGGCCCAUUACAACAAGCGCUCGACCAUCACGUCCCGGGAGAUCCAGACGGCCGUGCGCCUGCUGCUGCCCGGCGAGCUGGCCAAGCACGCCGUGUCCGAGGGCACCAAAGCGGUCACUAAAUACACCAGUUCGAAGUAAGGGCGUGUAAGGAACGCAGUAGGACGGCCUCUUUACCCCAAAGGCUCUUUUCAGAGCCACUUAAGCUACCUGAGAAAGCAGCUGUAAACACUUGUUGGAAAGCUGGUUGAUCUUUAGUGAGGUGGGGUUGGCCUAUCAUCACGAGUGCAUUUGGGUUUAGGAAUAGGUUAGGGAUGUGAUAAAGGUUACCCUGGGUAUUAAAAACCUGCGGUUUCCUAUAAUCUAGUGGUGUCACCUGUUGGCACGACUCUUUGCUGGUGAGAAAUUAGUUAUCAAAAUGGUCCCUAUGCAGUCCUGGGUUCUCAGGGGGUGCUUGUGCUUGCGGGUGCUUAAGUACGGAUAACAGAAAGUGGGCUUGAGGCCGUCUGGCUAAAUUGCUAUGGGGGAGGGGGACUGUCUUACCACUUUAUCUCUGCUCCUUCAUGUCUAUAAAGACAAGCU